AUGUAUUUCCAGGAGAUCCUGAUACUGUACAGUUUACAGUAAAACUUUGAUCAUGAGCAACUUAAAUAGCUUCAUUGAUGAUGAAUUCAAAGACAACAAAACACUCUCGUUGUCAGAUAAGAUGAUCUUUUCUGGAAUCACACCAUUUGAAAUUAGUGAACCAAACAACAAGAAAAAGAGUUGCCGAUGCUGUGUUUGGUCUGUACUCGUAAUAUAUUUGGUUGUUCUCACAGGAGGCAUGGGAUUGCUGUCUUAUAAAGUCUUUACGAUGCACAAAAUUAUAAAUAGCAUGGAAGACGGCAGAACAGCAAAAUCAGUGGAUCAUCUUGCCAAUGCCUCCAUGGAGAAUGAGAUCAUUUUUGGAAUCAAUCCUCAGAGCGGUCGAGAAAAAUGGAUCCACAAUUUAAAACAAGAAUUUCAUGUAAUCAAAUUGAGCAAUCAACAUUUACAAUGGGAAAUGGCGAACAUUACAGACCAAAUUAAAAGCAGCAUGACUCAAGGAAUUGUAGGACCUCCUGGUCCCAAAGGAGAAAGAGGACUUCCAGGAAGAAAAGGUGACCAAGGAGAUAAAGGUGAAAAAGGAGACAUUGGUUUAACAGGAAUUGAAGGAAACCCGGGAACAAAUGGGAUCGGACUUCCUGGACUCAAAGGAGAACCUGGAGUUCCAGGAAUACAAGGAUAUGCUGGUUCCCCAGGAGAAAAAGGUGAUACAGGAGCCAUGGGACCAAAAGGGACAAAAGGAGAGCAAGGUUUACCAGGUUUAUCUGGAAUAAAUGGUGAAAAGGGAUCAAAAGGGGAUCUUGGGCCUGCUGGACUGAAAGGAGAACCAGGACUGAAAGGAGAAAUGGGGGAGAUGGGAUUUCCCGGCUUACCAGGAUCAAAAGGAGAAGCUGGUAAAAGUGGAAUCAUAGGCCCAAGAGGAUUAACUGGUCUUCCAGGAGAGAAGGGAGAAAAAGGAAAUCAAGGCCUGGAUGGUCUGCCAGGUUUGCAUGGUUCUCCUGGACUACAAGGAGAUAAAGGCACUGCUGGAAAUGUGGGUUCACCAGGACUUCGCGGCCCAAAAGGUGAUCAAGGGGAGACCGGAGCAGCAAGUCAAGUUCCAGGCCCACGAGGACAAAAAGGUGAUCAAGGUCAAAAAGGUAGUAAGGGAGAUAAAGGAUCACCAGGCCCACAAGGUUCUAAAGGUGAAAGGGGCAUCUCAGGAUUCGGUGCUUUCCUGAGACUCAUAGGACAAGACAACCGUGGCCGUGUGGAGAUUCUUCACAAGGGGCAAUGGGGCACCAUCUGUGAUGAUCUUUGGGAUGUGAAUGAUGGCAACGUGGUUUGCCGAAUGCUGGGGUUCAAUCGAGCUGUUAAUACCUUCACUGCAGCUGCAGGAUCUGGACAAAUCUGGCUGGAUGACGUGAACUGUUCAGGAAGUGAACUCUCCAUUUAUUUGUGCAAUAAACGUGAAUGGGGUGAAAACAACUGCAGCCAUAGUGAAGAUGCUGGGGUUGAGUGUGCUUAAGGCAGUUUUGGAGCACAACCUGUAAAAUAAUAUUGAAAUAAGCAUCUCAGCCUUGUCAUGUGGUGUGUAUCUUACUGAUCACUUACUUAAUGCUCACUGUCUUCUGUUGCAUCAAUGUAUUUUUAGGUUCUUCUUUGAUCAAGGCCAAUUUUAAAGAUUUAUUUGAUAUAUCUAGGCUCAUAGAUACACUGAGGAAUGUUUUUAUGUAAAAAUCCCAUAAAUUGUAUCUCUAUUCACCUGGAUGAAGGAUCUAUUGAUGCAUUUGGACUUCCUGCUAAGAAGCACAUGCAGAAGAUACAUACCACACAACACAAUGAAUAUUUGACAAGUUAGAUUUCAUCUUCAAUAAAGUACAAUGGCUUUGCUAGGUACUUCUGUAGAUAAAACAACCAAACUCCACAUCAUUGUUUUAUAAAGCAGCUGGGAUUCCAGGAAACAUUCACAGCCUUUGUCACCUGAAGUAAAACUUUAAAAAAAAAAGAAUGACCAUGUUUCUUUAUCCUGUAUCUUACUUUCGCCCUCUUCCAGGGGUGCCUUUUCUUGAAAUUCCACAUCAGGGUGACAUCAUGUUGUAUCCUGAUUCCAAACUUGUGCAUUGCUCCAGAGAACUCAAAUGCACUGCUCUCCUAUUGUGAGCCUUUGUCUUCCUUCAAGGCUUCCUUUGGGUGUCGGGAGCAGAGUCUAAGACAUUAACAAUAGCACUUAGACUUAUAUACCACUUCAUAGUGUUUUACAGCCCUCUCUAAGUGGUUUAUUGAGUCAGCAAUUGCCCCCAACAAUCUGGGUCCUCCUUUUACUGACCUCAGAAGGAUGGAAGGCUGAGUCAUGAGCCACUCAGGAUUGAAUUCCUGGAGUGAGCAGUGAGUUAGCCUGCAGUACCGAAUUCUAACCAUUGCGCCACCAAUUGCUCUUCACCAACCCACCAGGGCCAACUCGCCACAGCCAACUUGCACAGUCCAUUUGCCACAGGACAACUCACUACAGCCAACUCGCCAUGGAACUACUAGCUGCAGGACAGGAGUUACCCUAAUAUUGAAAUGAUGGCAUAGAAUCAUUAGAGAAAGGAUGCAAAGGGAGGGACAGACUGAAAUGUGAAUGACAGAAAUUAAAAUAAUGUUUUUAUGUAUUUUAAAUGAUUAAAUUGAAUGAUUAAAUUAUCCCGUGGCAAGCUGUCCUGCGGGAAAUUGGCCAUGGCAAGUUGUCCCAUUCCCAUCUGGAGCAAUCCUGCAGUCCAGGGGUGGGUUCUACUUACCUUUACUACUGGUUCGCAACGGGAGUGCACGCACGCACUUCUGCGCAUGCACAGAUCAUCAAUUAUGAUGUCUGGGUGGGUGGGCAGAGCCUCCCGCUACUUUUACUACCAGUUCUAUAGAACCAGACAGAACCGGGAGCAACCCACCACUGCUGCAGUCUCAGUGCUAGGAUCCACCCUGAUGCCCCCCACAAGAAGAACCACCCCUCUCUUCCAUUUUGUGAUGGCAUUCUGAUAACAUGCAACAAGAGAAAUUCCCACAUUACAUAUCUAAAUCUAUUUUUUGUUGUAGAAGAGCAGAUCUGUUGCAGGAGAUCAGGAAUGUAUGUCUUAAAAUACAGAGUUCUAUGUUUUCAGGAAAUAUCUGUGAAAGAGGUUAUCUUCUGGGUGAAUUAUGUGUUCGUAUAAGAAGGCACAAAACCAUGAAUGACUUUGAUGAGAUCUUAGACUUAGAAUUCUAGAAGGUUUACUGCUAUUUGUUUCUUUUUUCCCCCCUUGGCAUUUCCUUAAUAAAAGCCUUGGGCGAUGACAGGCAGGGAUAUCCAAAUUGGCAUACAUCAGUUUCUGAGAUCUGCUCACCCAGAAAUGAAGAAAGAAGAAGAAUGGGUUGUAUUAAAGGAGCAAGAGUGAUGUAUUUUCAAAGAAUUGUUUUAUGUAGCAUUUUAUUAGUUCUUCUAAAAUAUGUCAUUUUAGCCAGUCUUGGCAAAUGUUGACUU